CUCAUACUGAAAUUGGCCCACAAACAAGUUCCCGAAUUCUCUGUUUUGCAUCAUUGAUAAUCAGGUUCUUUUGAGUGUAAACAGGUGCCAGUUUCACGGAAAGUGCGGAACCGAUCAAGGAUCUGAAUUAUAUUUUGCCGUGAACAGUUUCCUUUUCAGAUUUUUUAUUGAGUUUUCGCUUUUUGGAGACAACUGAAUUAUUCGUGAGUUUCAUGUGCAUCUAAGUCGAUUUUGGGGUCUGAAUUUCAUUUUGCAGAGGACAGUUAAACCAUGGUAGACCAAUUCGAUGUACUGAAGGUACUCAGGAACUCCUUCGACAACGGCACAACCAGAAACUUGAAAUUCCGAAGGAAGCAGUUGAGCAAUCUGCUGAGAAUGGUAGAGGAAAACAUGACAGACGUCGUGGAAGCCUUGGAAGCUGACUCCAAGAAGAUCCACGCUGAAGCCGUGGCCGAGAUCGAGGUCUUCAAAAACGACGCUCUACACAUGCUGCACAAUCUUGAUCGAUUGGCGAAACCAAGAAGCGUCGAGUCUAAUUUGGUUAACAUACUUUCUAAGGCAGAACUAUUCCCAGAGCCAUACGGAGUGGUACUUGUCAUCGGGGCUUGGAAUUAUCCGUUGGUACUGGCCCUAACACCUCUUCUUGGAGCAAUAGCUGCUGGUAAUUGCGCAGUGAUAAAACCAUCAGAAUUGGCACCAGCAGUUGCCCAGCUGAUAGCAGAUUUACUGCCUCAGUAUCUGGAUAAGAGUUGUUACACCGUGUUUCUUGGUGGACCGAGCGAAUCCCACCAGUUAUUGCAGAAUAGGUUCGAUUAUAUUUUUUAUACUGGCUCUACAAGGGUUGGGGCUAUAGUGGCACAAACAGCUGCCAAGCAUUUCACUCCAGUCACCUUAGAAAUGGGGGGAAAAAGCCCUUGCUUCGUGGAUUCUUCAGUGGACAUAAACAUUGCAGCUGCACGAAUCCUUUGGGGCAAAGCAGUAAACGCUGGACAAGCUUGCAUUGCCCCUGACUACCUCCUGUGCACGCAGGAAAUCGAGAAAAAAUUCAUCGAAGCCUUCAAGAAGGUCCAGAAAGAACAGUAUGGUCCAAACAUGAAAAGUUCAAAGGACUACUGCAGGAUCAUCAACAAAAACCACUUCAAUAGACUGCUGAGCCUACUGGAAGGUCAAGAAGUAGUCCAUGGAGGUAACCACGACGUUGACCAACUCUACAUGGACCUAACCAUAUGUGCCAACGUGAAUCCUGAUAGUCCCCUGAUGAGAGACGAGAUUUUCGGGCCCAUCCUUCCUAUUGUAAGAGUUAGGGAUGCCUUCGAGGCUGUCAGUUUUAUCAAUUCGAAAGAAAAACCGCUCGCACUCUAUGUCUUUUCGAAUAAGAAGAGUGUUGUGGAUCUUUUCAUCGAAAGAACGUCCAGUGGGGGUGUAUGCGUUAACGAUACCAUGAUGCAUUUCAGUUGCGAUACCUUGCCUUUUGGUGGUGUUGGUUAUAGUGGGUUAGGGGCGUAUCAUGGUGACUUAACUUUUCACACUUUCUCUCAUCCAAAACCUGUCCUCAAACAGCCGAUGAAUAUGUGUCAUGAGGCCCUAAUGAAUCUACGGUACGCCCCAUACAACGAUAUGAAAAUUAAGAUGGUGACCCUCCUUAUGAAAAAGAGACGUACUUUUUUCAGUAAACAAUUUUUCUUGUAUUUAAUGUUUACGCUCUUUGGAUGUCUGAUCACUUAUGUAAUCAUGGAAUAUGGGAAGAGUAUAGAGUCUGCUUUCCUCUCAUUGUUCAAGUGAUGACGUCGCUAUAAUUGUGGAAUUAUAUUGUUUCAAAUCAUACAUGCAGUAUCGAGUCCCACGACAAAUUUUUUUUCGUUUGUAGACUUUGAUGGACAGUGAUAUUACGUUUACUUACUCUGAACUGUUGUUAUUCUCCAAUGCAAUGAAAAUUUAGUACAGCAGGUUGAAAGUUUAGCAUAAAUGAGUAUAAAAGCGAUCACGAAAAAUUAUUAUAGGUAAAGGUUGUUGAACUAGAUUUUUUAAUUACUGUAUUCAGCAGAAACAUUUCAUAAG